GUGUUUCUGCAGGCCUCAGUUCAGAAGUGAUCGAGCGGAGCGGCAGGACUCAAACAUGCGGUCGCAGGCCUUGUUGCUGUAUUUCACGGUGCUGCAGACGGCCGGAGCCGCUUUCCCAGAAGACACCGAGCCAAUCAGUAUUUCACACAGCAACUAUACCAAACAAUAUCCAGCGUUCGUGGGACACAAACCGGGACGGAACAACACGCAGCGGCACAAACUGGACAUUCAGCUGAUCGUCAUCAUGAACCACACGCUCUAUGUGGCCGCCAGGGAUCACAUUUACACGGUGGACAUCGAGACGGCCAAUACAGAGGAGAUCUUCUUCAGUAAGAAGCUGACGUGGAAGUCCAGACAGGCCGAUGUGGACACCUGCAGGAUGAAGGGAAAGCACAAGGACGAGUGCCAUAAUUUCAUCAAGGUCCUGCUGCAGCAGAGCGACGACUCUCUGUUCGUCUGCGGAACCAACGCCUUUAACCCGUCCUGUCGGACCUACAAGGUGAGACUGCAGUGUUAGCGUGACCUCUGACCUCUGACCUCAGAUACUCAAACGACAGACUGAGAGCGUCAGACAGCGAUGGAUAAGAGUGUGCGAGUGACUGAGAGUUCUGAAUCACACAUGACGGUGAUACAAUGUUGCUGUGGGGAUGUCCUUCUCUUUUCUUUUUAAAUCCAGGUUAUUAUUUAGAAGAGAACAAGAAUAACAAUGCUCUUUUUAAUCGUUGAUUUAGGUGGUUACAGGCUUGCUUAAAGCCUUAAAGCUUGAACCUCGGUAAUCACUGCUU